GUGGGUAUCAUAUUGUCGGAGAUGGCCAGCGGGGAGCAUAUUGAAAUGAAGCCAAAGGUGCGCUGAUGUUUUCGGCUUUUCAGUUUGGCUUUUCCAAUGUGAGGGUCGCUCGGCGAUUUGUUCUCGCUCAGUUCGAUUUUCGCACACGACGCGGGCGAAUGCGGAUGAGUUUGAUAGUUUAGCGGAUUUGCAGUGACACGCUCCGAUGGGCAGCUCGCAUUUUUCCGAGAUGAUGACGCAGUGCGUCUUCCUCGUCGUCGUGUUGCUGAUUUUGUCACACGUGCGGGCAGCUGGCGAUGAGACUUCUUCCGCCUACGAAUCUGUAUCAUUACCCCCUCCCCUUGCUUGCGUCAUUCGGGCGACGCUCUACAUGACAUCUUAUUCGGAACGCACUAGUCAGGAUUUCGGUUUGCCUUUGGAUAUAGAUUGCAGUGGAAACGACUCCCUGGAGUUGAAUUCCUUUGACCUGGGUGCCAAAAGAGUGGCUGGAAAAAGGCAUGUUCUUCUCGAUGGAUCCCAAACACCUCCAUUGGGAAUAUCAAGUUAUGGCCUGGAGUACCUGGAUAACUGUGUGGACCUCGAGAGCCUAGAAAUCCAACGUUUUGUGGGUGAUUCCACCCUGAAACUAUCCUGUGGAGGAGCUUUAAUACCCAAUCUCACAGCUGUAUCCCUAAGAAACAACGAAUUGGGCACCUUCAGCGAAGAUACUUUCCAGCACACACCACAUCUGAAACUGCUCCAACUGCAGUGGAAUUCCUUGAGGUAUCUGGAAAGGAUAAAGGGCUGUGCUGAGCUGAAAGACCUCUAUAUUCAAGACGAAGCUGAUCUGGUACUGAAAGAUAAUGGCUUCCUUUCACAGCUGCCACAGUUGAAAAAGCUUCGGUUGGAAAAAAUCAAAAGGGUAGAGGACGCGUUCUUGAAUACCUUGCCGGAAAAUUUAACAGAUCUGGUGCUCGAAGAAACGCCCGUUAAGCCAGGAUACCUACGUCUGACCAAAGGCAUAGCCAAGCUGGUUAACGUUACCCUCACAAAUUGUCAGCUGAGAAGUUUUGCCUUGGAUCCUCCGCACAAUCUGGACAUUAUUUACCUAAACCUCAGUGGCAAUGCCUUGGAGUCUUUUAAUGUUAGUUUUCAAAGUGGUCCAAGCACCCUUCAGAUCCUGGAUCUGAGCAGAAAUAACUUGGAACACUUGAACUUCACGUGGUUUGAGAGGACCACCAGUCUUCGCACUCUGUACUUGCAGGGAAACCUCAUCCACUCACUGUCCCUCUUCCAAUUGGGCAUGGUUUCUCCAGCCACAAUUCAGCAUAUUGAUUUGCGAUCCAAUAAAUUGAUGAGUAUGAGGGAUAUAGAAAAGGCCAAUAACCCUUACUGGAACCCACAACUUCGCAUUUCAGUCGAUGGCAAUCCUUGGAGCUGCCUGUGGUUUCAGAAAUUCUCGGACACGCAAUUUCAACUAUUCAGGCUUUUCCAGUACUCCAAGUAUAUAUUUCACAUGAAUGUCAAAGGUUUGACCUGCCAGCCCCAAGAACCGCCUACGGAAGAACCCCCCAAGGCGGUAAGAAUCAUGCAUGUGAGAAUUAAUGGUUCUGACUCUUCCGUCCCAGUGCCACAUCCACCAGGAAAUGUUUCCAGCUUCACAGUUCUUUAUGGAAACCCGAUAGAGCUGCACCGGAGUCAGCGAUCACUGGCGUUGAUAAUCGUAUUUAUGUUGCCUCUGGGGAUUGCAUUCCUCUUCCUGUUGCUGUACCUAUACCUCCAUUGCGAACGACUCUUCCACUUGUCCUACUACGCCUCUGGACUGCCCUGCUUUGGCGGCGAAAAGUCAUCCAGUGGACCUAGGUUUGUGGAUCACGUGGACAUAGUGCGCUAUCCCAUUGCAAACGGCAGUUCUCCAGUGGACUUAGAAACGGAAUUGCCUGACGGUUACGAGACUCCAGUCAGUGGGGGUGCUUCGAUUUGCAAUUGCACCGGACACAGGGAAUCGGCCUGUUCGAGGACCCAUCAUGUCACCUACGAAUCUCUGCCAACUGAGCUUCCAUACCAACUUUACGCAGAGAUCAAGGAGCCAGCAGAUGAGAAUGGAGAGCAAGGCGAGGUGUUGGCUCUCACUCCAGGCCCAACUGCUCCCAUCUACGAUCAUCUGUCCUUUGUGGAGGAGAUGCCCAAAUUGGACGAACUGAGAGAUAUUUCCUAGAUAUCAUUUACGAUUUAUACCGAAUAAUAUUAUAUGAUAGUUGAUUUUUAUUAAACCCUAUAUUAAAUGCUUAACUGAGUGAUAACAUAAUCAAAAGAUAACAUCAACCGAACACAUAUUCUUGAUACAUUUACCUUUGAAAAUAUUAUAUUUUUCGCACAUCAGCAGUAAAUGUAUAGUAAGUGUCAUACGAGCAUUGAAAUUGUAACAGAAAUGCCCUAUGACACUUCCUGUACAGUUGCUGGCUGAUGACAUCCAAAGAGAAAAACUUCUUAUAAACU